AUGUCGUCCUUCCUCGGAGCCCCCCCGGCUUUCGAAGAGGCGGCCGGCACCACCGUCGCCCCCACUCCAUCCCUCUUCGACGCCCACGACGGCCUCGGGACAUCCCCUCUUGUGUCCAUCACAGACAUGUCCGGCCUGCCUACUUCCCGGCCCCCAACCUCUGCAGAAAUCGACGCCGUCAUCGCUGCCGCCAUUGCCAAUGCCCCACCACCAGCCAGCUCCGAAUUCAGCUCGGAAAUGCAUCGUUCAGUCACCCCGCUCAUGACAAAUUUGCUGCCCUCCGCCGUCGGUAGCGAUGGACGGGUCAACUUGUUCGUCGGCAACCUGCCCUACAGAGUGCGGUGGCAGGACCUCAAGGAUCUCUUCCGGAAAGCAGGGACUGUCUUGAGGGCAGACGUCAGUCUUGGGCCAGACAACAGGAGCAGAGGUUAUGGCACGGUACUGAUGGGCAGCAGGGAGGAUGCUGCUCGGGCAAUAGAUCGCUACAACGGAUAUACAUGGCAGACCAGAACGCUCGAGGUUCGCCCAGACCGUCUGCCGCCCGAGUAUGAACCCCAAGCCCACCCCGUCCACCACAACGCAAACCCCCGCUCCGCCAUGUACUCCUUCCACUCCUUCCCCGGCCAAUCCCACGCCCCAUUUUCAAUACCGGGGCAUCUCACUCCUCAGCCAAACGGCACGUGGCACGGCCAACUACCUGGCUCGAGGCCGUUCUCUGCAGGCGCCGGUGCUGGGCUCUUGCCGGGGAUGGGUCUGUCGCCCAGUACAAACCCCGCAUCUCUACCCGGCGGCUCUCCUCUCCCUGGAGGCCAAUCCCCAGCAUCGCUCUUCAGUGCCUCCACCGUUCCCAUCAGCGUACAGACUACCGGUGGAGCCCAACCACUGGCAGCUUCUCCCCUCGCCGGGUCUCUCACUUCCGGUCAAGCUGGCUCGGCCGCUCCAAGCGCUAUCAACCAAGCUCGUCGGGACUCUCUCACACCGUUUGCAUACGUCAUGACCCCGCCCGAGUCAAGUGCCCAACUCCCAAGUUCGCGCCCGACGUCGAGCAGCAGCCCCAAACCGACUUCGCCCAAUGGUGGACGCGCGCCGCCGCCUGGGACCCUGGGCCCGUUGCCGCCAUCGAUGUUUGCGGGGAUCAGGCCCAGUACGGCCGGAGAGAGCGAUAGUGGCUUGGGAGUGAGUCCCACGGCGAGCACGAGAGUCCCUCAAUUGGAGGGCCUAGCGAACCAAGGCAUGGGCCUGGGUCCGCCCAGUACUCUGCACGACAGAGUCAUCUUUGUGUCCAAUCUUCCCAUGUCGAUGCAAUGGCAAGACUUGAAAGACAUGUUGAGACCGGCGGGUACAAUUAUCAGAGCGGAUGUGGCUACAGAUUCUCACGGAAAGCCGAGAGGGUUUGGUACGGCGUUGUUUGCUACCGAGGCAGACGCCACGCGGGCAGUGGCGCUUUUCAACGAUCGCGAGGUUGCUGGUGUGCGAAUCCGAGCGCAUCUUGAAAGAGAUAUCCGGCCCGAACUGGCCUCGCGAAGUCAGAGAGGUUCGGGCGAGUCUUCUGGUCUGGGCCUGUCGGAUUCGUCAGAACAAGUCUCUGCAGCAGGCGUGAAUGAGCUGCUGAAAGGCAAUGGCAUCACCCCAAUCGACACCUCUGUGCCGAUUGCGAAACCCGACCCAUCGCCCGUCGCCAGAUUGCCUUGGUCGCUCAACACCUCGGUUCAUGCCCAAGCACAAGCUCAACCACAUGGCCGCCCCCUAGCAGAUCACCGCCCGAUAGCCCACCAUCAACAUCCUCAUCAUCCUCACCAGUCCCACUACCGCCAAUCUCACCACCCGGGCCCCAUCUCUAUGCCUGCAUACCACCCCAUGGACUCUUCCAUGGGCCCCAAUCCCCUCUCUCCUCUACAUACCCGUGGACUGCCGCCAAUGACGCCAAGUAUGCCUGGCUUUGUAUUCAACUAUCCCUCUACACCGCCUGCCCCGACUCCUCAUUGGGGGCCGUUCUCUCCUGGUCCGGGACCGUUCUCGCCAGGAGUACCAGUCACGAGCCCAGGGGCUUUUGGCUACAAUCCAUUCUUGAAUGCUGCUCCCGGCGCCCCGGUCAACAUGUACCCUGCUCCACCGCAAGGCCAGGGAGGGUCAGCUGCCUUGGGAACCCCAACGACGCAGGCUUUCCCCAAUGGCCCGAUCGGUUACGGGCAGUAUGCAGGUCCGCCUGGUGCGCCUCCAGCUCAGCAAAAUGGUGACCAAGCGCAGCAGGGGCAAGAUUAUUUCGCCAACGCCGUGCCCCCUCAAGGCUCCGGUCUUGGUGUCGCUUCUGCAAACUCACGCGAAAAGUUGGCCAAGAGUCCUCUGAGUGUGGGCCGCACCGAUCAAGUGUCGCCUACGAGUAUACUCGAGGAUCAUGCCGCGGAGAAGGAAGCAGAGAUGAGCGAAGUGGACGAUCUGGCCAAGCUGGCGGAAGGGCUGGCCGUAAAGGAAGCAAGCAAAAACCAGCUCCAAGCGGACAAGGUGGAGACUGUCAAGCGGAGUGCAAGUGGUCUCGACUUGUCUGAGCUGGGCGCUGGGGGUCUUUCGGUGCUGAACCAAAGAACGAGUAUGGACGACGGACGUUUAGGGCGGCAUUGA